AUGUGUUCAUUGAAAGGUCAAACCAGAGGAGUUGAUAUACUCAAUGUACUUUUGGAUGAAUGUUCAAAAACUGAUUUGGACUUAUCAAAAUUAUCGGGAGUUGCGACUGACGGUGCUCUUUCGAUGAUUGGUGUCAAUUCUGGGCUAAUUACUUUGCUGAAAAAGCAUCUGCAAGAAAAAAACAUAAAUGCUGAAGAUCUCAUGCACUUUCACUGCAUUAUACACCAAGAAGCCCUCUGUUCUAAAAAAAUUGAAUUUCAAAAUGUCAUGAAAGUGGUAGUUUCGACUGUAAAUUUCAUAAAAUCACGAGGACUCAAUCACAGGCAAUUCAAACAAUUCCUUGAUGACAUCGAAAGCGAAAAUGGAGAUUUACUGUAUUAUACAGAAGUAAGGUGGCUAAGUCGUGGAUUGACACUGGAACGAUUUCUAAAUUUAAUAGAAGAAAUUGGAAUAUUUCUGGCGGAAAAGCAAAGGGAUGUCCCGGAACUUCAAAAUCCUGAUUGGUUGUGUAAUUUGGCUUUUUAUUUGAUACGAGUAUUACAAAUCAUUUCAAUGUCUUGA